GCUAGUCGCAGUCCACAACGUCGUCGAAAGCGGAACAGCGUUUCUCCCACUAAACUAAAAAUAAAACACUAAACCAAAACCUAAAAACGGAGGAGUUUUAUUCGUACAAGGAAAAGCUUUUUGACCCAAAGUGCCUUGCUUGAAACCGAGUAAAGAAUUUCCCACUAAUAAAAACACUGAUUUGUGAACUUCCGCGAAACUUAGGUUAUCAUCAGGUUCAAGAAAUUGAGUAGUAAAUAAAGAAAAUCUCUCAAGUGGUCAUCAGUUGUAGCUCUAAGCCCAAGCUGUGAGGAUGAUCUACGUGCGGUGUCUCUUUCUAAGUCUUAGUCUAUUUGUUUUACUCGGAAACGCUCGGGCUGAUUGCGUGCUUAGCCAACAUGAACUAUCGCAGACUAAUAGGGUUUUUGCCACACGAGAUGGUUUGAGCUAUCAUCUCUUUCGUAAGGAUGUAGUUCCUAACAGUGCACAAGUACACUCGAUUUGCAAUUACAAUGAUAUAGUAAUUUCCACAUGCACUGCAAAUGGCUUCCAUCCAGUACUUGCCACAGCUGGUUGUAAAAAGCCCACAACCCCAAAAGUGGAAGAGGUCAACGAUGCCAGUUGCCCUUACAAGAUGUAUCGUGUGGGCUAUAGUUUGGAAAAUUUAGCAUUUCUAGAGAUCUACAGAAGCUGUUACAAUCCAGAUAAAGUUCAAGCGCAUUUUACCAUUUACAUGGCCCAGACCAGCACCUCGGCCGUGGAGCGUCCAAUGCAUUUUAAUACUGACCGCAUAAUCAGUGGAGCAGCUGCGGGAUCCUUUCAGAACACUCAGAUCUUUUCCAGAUACAAUGCACUCUUGGGACACCAGACUUAUUUUGCAUUUAGCACAAAUAUGUUCGAUCGGGGCCAUCUGACGCCAUCCCUUGAUUUUGCCUUUAAGGCAAGCAGAGGACAGACCAACAAGUACAUCAAUUUGAUACCACAGUUCAAAACCAUCAACCGCGGGAACUGGAAAACCAUCGAGAACUGGGUACGCCGACAGUUGUCUGAGAGACACUUCGAUACUCUAAAAGUCUGCACUGGUGUAUUGGGGGUGCUCGAGUUGCAUUCGAGCACUUAUCGCGCUGACAUACCAAUGUUUUUGAUGGACAACAAUAAGAAUCCCAUUCCCAAGUGGAUAUACAAAAUUGUAAGCCACAUAUCAGGCCGCAAAUUCGUUUUCCUCACCUACAACAACGCACAUGCAACCACACGGCCGACUGGACAAUUCGUGUCGAACGUUUGCAGAGAAUUGCCAUGCCAAAACUUAGGACUUAAUGUACGGAACGAGGGGACGGCAGGAUACACCUUCUGUUGCGAGCCACACGAUUUUAUUGCUAGAAAUCUCCCACGUUUAACGGGCAUUUGCUGAAUCCUGGGAGUGUGAAAGCUUUUGGUUUGUAACUGUGUUUUAACUGUAUUUGGAAUGGCUAUAGAGCUCCGAAAGUACCAGGAGCUAAAUAAAGCAAUAUAUUCUAAGUAUAACUAUACCCUUCCUUGAGGAGUACUAGAUUAAACGUAAGCAGCUCUGACCACAUAGGAAUCUUCGAUCAAAAAAGAAGCUACUGUGAGAUAAUCUUUAUUGUUUCUAAAGGAAAUCUAUAUGUUUGUACAUAACCCACAUAAAUUUGAUAUGAUACAGAUAGUAUGAUCACAAGGUGUGAUUGUGAUUGUAGGGGAAAUGUCGCAACCUUUGGGUGGGACCAAUUAAAUGACGCACAGUAUACGGUAUUCCCCAGAAAAUGUUUCUGCUGUGAUCUUGUACUGCAGGGAGCUAAAUGAUUAGUUUUUUUUUUAUAGUAGAUGAUUAAUUAAAUACCCAGAGAACCGACCGCAGUAACUGGAAAUUAAUUGAGGGCUGGGUACGCUGACACCCGUGCAAUGGGUGUGCUCGAUCUGUCCGGCACCAGGAAUGGGAAUAUACAAUCAGUUUACCUAUUUGCCCCCGCUCCCAAGUGGAAGUACACAAUCUUAAGCCAUCGCAGGCUUUCCUACAACAACGGAUACCAAAAACAUUCUGCUACAAUCCAAGGCAUUUUGUCCGCACUAACCAUCCAUAUUUAACAUGAAUUUUUAAAAUAGAGAUUUGAAAUCCAUAAUAAAUGUAUUUCUAUUGUUUAAUGGCAACCUGAUUGCGAUAAAAAUUUUCGAAACUGACAACAGAAAAACGGAACUGUGAGAAUUUUCAGCCAGAUACUCAUAGAUUAGUUUUUAUUCAAAAGUAGGCUGUGUCUAUGACUAUCCGAUGCCUUUGAAAAUUAUUUUCACUAUUUUUUUCAGUAUGUCAUCAGCGUUCAUUGGGAACACAACAUACAUAUGUACAUCUCAACAAACACUGCAAACUCCACACAAACUUUUUUUUUCAAAAAUUUAGUUUUAAUAAUUUUGUACUUUUUUGGAUAAACAUUAGGCUGCUUAUCAUUCUCUGAAAUUGUAAAAGAUAACCCAAACACUUUUUGAUCUUGAAUAUCAGCAUGGCUUCUCGACCUAAACGUCCCGCUCCGUCAUAUGUGAUGUGGAUGAACGUCCAAGGACGCCAGCGAAUAAAGACGGAGCACCCCAAUUGCACCGUCCCCCAAAUGGGCAAACUUGGGGGCGAGAUCUGGAGAAGGAUGGACGAGAAGGAGAAAGACAAUUGGAAAUCGCAAGCUUGUCUUGCUAUGAUCAACUACAAGAAGAAGUUGGACGAGUGGAAAUGCCAAAAAAAACAAUAAGCGUCGUUAAGCAGAAGAUUAGCCGAAGUAAGCUCUCAAAAUUCUUAGUCUCAAUUCAAUUUUCAAAAAGCAGACGGGCUCAGCUAAAACACAAAUUAACUUCCUUGAAGGAUUUAAAUUUUAAAUGUUUUGAAUUUCACAUUUGAGGUUGUUGGUGCAAUACUAAUGUUUACCUCUCCACUGAAAAAAUGUUAUGGUAUUAUUAAUGAAACCAAGAAAAUAUAAAAAAACAGCG